CAAGACGGAUGACAAUAAACCGUUUGAGUCGCCAUCUGAAGGGACGGCACGCUCGCCAACACGUGGAUGGAUGGACAGAUGGACAGAUGGAGAGGGAGAGACACAGAUUGAUAGGCGGAGAGAGACACUGAGUCAAAGAGAGAGAGUUGGUGUCCUUUACGCACAUUACGUCCUGGCCGGUCCAGUACCCAGGGUUGCAGAGGAGAUGAUGACACUCUGUGUGUAACUUUUGUUUAUAAAUGUUUCUUUUGGACACUUUAAUGACUUCUUCUUCUGCCAGCCUGCGGUUGUGUGUGUCUGCUGGGACUGUUCGGUACUACAUGCUGCGGAGCUGCUGCCCAGACCUCCCCUCGGCUUUAGAGCAGGUGUUCUUGACACGGUAACCAUUCAAUAUAAGUGACUCUUUGGACAGGUUUAGAGCGUCUAAUCCGGGGGGACAUGUCAGGACAGAAGCCGUCCUUGAAGAGCGGCGGCUCUCCUCAGAGCCGCUUCCAGGUGGAUACGGUGACAGAAGCAGCAACCACCCCGGCCUCCACAGAUGCAUCCAAGCCAGAGGAGUCCAAAGGCCGGUUCAGAGUGGUGGGCUUCCUGGAUGCAGGUGCCCUGGGCAGCGCCAUGGACAUCGGACUACCACCGGAUGUCUUCCACGAGCCGGACACGGCACGGAGCGACUCGGUCAGCCUCCAUUCAACGGGCACGGGACAUACACACAUCUCUGACUCCCACUCCAACACCUACUACAUGAGGACCUUUGGACACAACACCAUAGACGCUGUGCCCAACAUCGACUUCUACCGGCAGACCGCUGCACCUUUUGGGGAGAAGUGGGGCAGACCGUCGCUGUCGGAGCUGCACGAUGAACUCGAUAAAGAUCCAUUUGAAGAUGGUCUGGCCAAUGGAGAGGAGCCUUCAGCGGCUGAAGAGGCGGCGGCAGCGUUGGCGGCAAAGAAUGCAAAAGGAGGAACUAUCAAGUUUGGUUGGGUCAAAGGAGUACUGAUCCGCUGCAUGCUGAAUAUCUGGGGUGUGAUGCUUUUUAUCCGAAUGACCUGGAUUGUUGGCCAUGCUGGAAUCGGUCUGACCAUUGCGAUUAUUCUGAUGGCCACUGUGGUCACCACCAUCACCGGUCUGUCCACCUCUGCUAUCGCAACCAACGGCUUUGUAAGAGGAGGCGGAGCAUACUACCUGAUCUCCAGGAGCCUGGGACCGGAGUUCGGAGGGUCCAUCGGUCUCAUCUUUGCUUUUGCCAACGCCGUGGCUGUGGCAAUGUACGUCGUAGGCUUUGCAGAGACAGUCGUUGAGAUGCUUAAUGAUGUCGAUGCUUUGAUGACUGAUGAGCUAAAUGACAUUCGGAUCGUUGGGACUCUGACUGUCAUCCUGCUGCUGGGAAUCUCUGUAGCAGGGAUGGAGUGGGAAGCCAAGGCUCAGAUUGUCCUCCUGGUGAUCCUUCUGGCAGCCAUCGUAAACUACUUCAUAGGAAGCUUCAUGUCAAUGGAGAGCAAAGACCCCAAAGGAUUCUUUGGCUACAAUUCUGCUAUCCUUUUUGAGAACUUUGGUCCAGACUUUAGAGAUGAGGAGACAUUCUUCUCGGUGUUCGCCAUUUUCUUCCCUGCGGCCACUGGGAUCCUGGCUGGAGCCAACAUCUCCGGAGACCUCACAGAUCCCCAGUCGGCGAUCCCUAAAGGUACUCUGCUGGCCAUUCUCAUCACAGGAGUCACAUACAUUGCCGUUGCCAUCUCUGCAGGUUCCUGCAUUGUCAGGGAUGCCACUGGCGAUCAAAACGACACGGUGAGCGACACGGUGAACUGCACCGACGCCGCUUGCACGCUGGGCUACGACUUCUCCAUCUGCAAAGAGGGAGGCUGUCAGUACGGCCUGAUGAACGACUUCCAGGUCAUGAGUCUGGUGUCGGGCUUCGGUCCUCUGAUCUCCGCAGGGAUUUUUUCAGCUACUCUGUCCUCGGCUCUGGCCUCACUGGUCAGCGCGCCUAAAGUCUUCCAGGCGCUAUGUAAGGACAACAUCUAUCCAGGGCUUGGGGUGUUUGCGAAAGGUUAUGGGAAGAACAACGAGCCUCUCCGUGGUUACGUCCUGACCUUCUGCAUCGGCCUCGCCUUCAUCCUCAUUGCGGAGUUGAACAUCAUCGCUCCCAUCAUCUCGAACUUCUUCCUGGCGUCGUACGCUCUCAUUAACUUCUCCGUCUUCCACGCCUCCCUGGCCAACUCUCCAGGGUGGCGUCCGAGUUUCAAGUACUACAACAUGUGGGUGUCUCUGGCCGGGGCAGUCCUGUGCGUUGUGGUCAUGUUCGUCAUCAACUGGUGGGCAGCUCUGGUCACUCUGCUCAUAGUCCUCGCUCUAUACAUCUAUGUCAGCUACCACAAACCUGAUGUGAACUGGGGUUCAUCCACCCAGGCUCUGAUCUACAACCAAGCUCUGACUCACUGUAUGAACCUCACUGGAGUCGAAGACCACGUUAAAAACUUCAGGCCGCAGUGUCUGGUGAUGACUGGGUAUCCAAACUCUCGUCCUGCUAUGAUUCAACUGGUGAAUUCUUUCACCAAGAACGUCGGCCUCAUGGUCUGCGCUCACGUCAGGACCGUGACCCGCCGGCCAAACUUGAAGGAGUUAUCUCAGGAACAUGUCCGAUGUCAGCGCUGGCUCAAUAAAAAACGUAUCAAGGCUUUUUACACACAUGUGUUCGCUGACAACCUGAGACACGGGGCGCAAUUCCUCAUGCAGGCAGUUGGUUUGGGUCGCCUGAAGCCCAACACUUUGGUAAUGGGUUUCAAAAACAACUGGAGUGAUGGAGACAUGAGAGAUGUGGAGAUUUACAUCAACACCAUACACGAUGCCUUUGACCUGCAGUUCGGAGUGGCGAUCCUUCGGCUACAGGACGGACUGGAUAUCUCUCACAUCCCGGGCCAAGACGAGCUGGUGUCAUCCCAUGAGAAGCCACCUGUUGAAAGUAAGGAGAUGGUGGUUACCGUCAAUCUCUCUAAAGACCCAGAAUCCGACUGUCCUUCAAAGAACACCAGCAACCAGAGCAGCCCACUCAUCACGAUAGAGACCAAGUCUCCUCUGAGCCUGACCGACCAGCGUCUGCUGGAGACCAGCCAGCAGUUUAAGAAGAAACAGGGCAAAGGAACCAUAGAUGUCUGGUGGUUGUUUGAUGAUGGAGGUCUGACUCUGCUGAUUCCCUUCCUGCUGACCAAUAGGAGCAAGUGGGGUGACUGCAGGAUUCGCGUCUUCAUCGGCGGGAAAAUCAACCGCAUCGACCACGACCGCAGAGCCAUGGCCACAUUGCUCAGCAGGUUCAGGAUCGACUUCUCUGACAUCCAUGUCCUCGGAGACAUCAACACCAAGCCCAAAAAACACAGUAAGCUGAGUUUCAAGGAGCUGAUUGAGCCGUACAGGCUGAAGGAAGACGACAUGGAGCAGGAAGUUGCAGAGCGGCUGAAGGCCCAGGAGCCCUGGAGGAUCACUGACAACGAGCUGGAGCUCUACAGGGCAAAGAGCAACCGCCAGAUCCGACUGAACGAGCUGCUGAAGGAACACUCCAGCAUGGCAAAGCUCAUCGUCAUGAGCAUGCCUCUGGCCAGGAAGGGCACGGUGUCGAGCGCCCUCUACAUGUGCUGGCUGGAAACUCUGUCUAAAGAACUACCGCCUCUGCUGCUGGUGCGAGGAAACCACCAGAGUGUCCUCACAUUUUACUCUUAACAAACAUACACCACACACACACACACACACUCACACACACAGGGUCGACAGACUGACAUGGUGUUUCUUACAGUGUUACACCGCCUACAGCUGCACAACAACAGAGAUAUAUUAUGAUGCUUAAAGUUUUGUGCCACACAUCUGAAACUCUCCUGCUGUGAAAAAAGUCUAAUGUUUAUCCAUUUGUCUUCAUUUCAGUAAAUGUCUGUCUCCUUAACACAUUUACCAACCAGAUCAUUAUUUUGUAAGUGCAACAUUAACCGGCUGUAUAUUCUAUGGCUUCUGUACGGUGGCUGACGAGUGUAAAAGCGCUACAACAACCCAAAACACUUACAUUUAGAGAAACGUGCUGUGGUUUCAAAAAACAAUGCAAAUAUAAAAACAUUUUCAAAACAUGUAACAAAAAUGUAAGGAGUUCGAAACGCAACAGAAAUGGGGACACUAAAAAGUGACGCAGCUGGGCCGGACGGCUAGUUAUGGAUUAAAAAAUUGGCCAACUGUCACUGGUGGUAGAGUAGUCUGUUUCAUAAUUGUAAGUGUUUUGUCAGCAGAUCUGCAUUAAUAUUGGUAGGAAUCAUGCGAUCACGUUGUUAAAAUAAGCCAAAAAAACGAACAAUUUAGGUGCUUUAUAAUCCCUGGACUUCAACAAGCGCUCCGGUCCAAGCUGGGUGCUUUACUUUUUAGUGUCCCUGUUGUGUUUUGAGCUUCUGGCAGCGUUUUGUAUUCUCGUUGCUUCGUUUAUGCAGCCCUCUUAGUAAACACUGAAAAUGUUUCGUUAAGAUGUUUAUACAAUUGCAUGCGUUGUUCAAAUUUGCAUCUAUAGAGCGCAUUUCUCCUAAAGGAAAUAUGUUUGGCUAUUGUAGCUUGUAAUUUGCACUUGUCGGCCACCAUACUUCUGUGUGUUUUUAUUUGAACUACAGUGCAGAUUAACUUAUUUUAUUUAUAUUUAUAUUGGUUAAGUGAUGUUUCAGAAUAUUUGCUGGUAUUCAUGUGGCCUGUGAUUUUGAAAUGGGUGUUUUCAGUAGCGAGACACUGUAUGUGCAGUAACAUUAUUUUGUACAUUGAUUGAUUAAAAAG